AUGAACUUCACCGGCCUCGGCGGGAUCGAGAGUCUCCGUCUCCGCGACGAGCAGGGGAGAGUGAGGAACGAAUACGUCCCCUUUCUGCCCCAGAUGAUUGAGUCGAUCUUUGACUCGGGAUCUAAUGUGGUCCUGGAAUUGGACUUCAAAGACCAAUCCGCCGUGGAGCCCGCCUACUGGGCUCUCAAGCACCUCACGAAUCGUGCUGGAGUGCCUGCGAAUGAGUGGUGCAUCUACAAGCUUCAAAGCGCCCUGCCAUGGGUCCAAGAUGCUCUUGCCAGCGGGAUUCAGUUGGCGUUCAUUCCCGUCUACGACCCAGCGUAUGAGGCACAAUUCAGCCAAUUGGCCUCAAUGAAAUUGUUUGCUGAGACGAAUUAUACUAUCGGUUUCGAGGUCGAGCUGAGGAACACCGGCGGGCCUACCCAGGAACUGCUGGAUUUCGCCAAGAGCAGAGGCAGGAGCGCCGGGACUUUCUAUGCACCCGGCGACCUCACAUACCCCACCACGGACAAUAUCACCUUGUUCAACACAGGCAACGUCUCGCUCCCCCACGACCUCCGAGUAAACAACUCCGACUACGGCUUCCAAGAAAACCACGUGCCCGUCCUCCUGGACAGCCUGGUAGGCAACAGCUCCUCGGACGGCCACGACUACCGCUCCGAUUUCGACUGGAUCGUAGAGCAGGGAUACGAGUGGAUCAUCACUGAUACCGCGGAUGAGUGGCACGAGCGAUUGGCAAAGCAAGGGUUCCGGAAUACUAGUCGCAUGGUCGCCGACGGUAGGGAAGUCGUGGAUGGGAAGAAGGAAGGAUGGUAUAGGCGGCAUGUGAGAGAUUUCCUCGGUGCUUGA